GCAUGGCGAUGUUUAGCGCUCAAACGCGGCCGUGACGGGUUGGGCGGGCCGAACGACUAUGGUCUAGAGGAAGGAAGCGACGAUGAUGGGGAGCGCUGGGGUGGAGAUCGAGUGCUGAAAGCCAUGCGCGAAGUAGGUGCGGUGGAUCUGCUAGUCGUGGUCAGCAGGUGGUACGGUGGCACCAAUCUGGGACCGGUGCGCUUCGAUCAUAUGAGGACGUGCGCGAGGGAGGCUUUGAAGGCACAUAUGGAUGAGGAGGCGCUUGGACCGUUGAGAGAGGAGUUGAGUGGAUUAGACGGGGAGAUUGCGCGCUUGCGAGGGCAGGGAGCUGCAACAGCUGCCUCGUAUGCGGACCUGGACGAUCUUGAUAAAGCGCAGCGCCUUGUGACGGCCAAGAAGAAGACGGUCGAGCUGUUGGCCAAGCGC